AUGGUGGAUGUUGUUGCUCUUCGCAAUAGUGACUUUUGGAAGAAGAAGUUUGCAAAAGCAUGCCUGAUGAAUGAUACAAACAAAAGCGGUACCAUAACCAGAAGUGAUUUUGAACUGAUGAUCGAAAAGUACCAGCACACCACGGAGAGGGCGAAAUUUGAAUCAUUUUCAAAGAAUCUGCUUCAUUUCUGCGAUUUAUGUGGUCUCACAGAUGCCAGUGUGGUGCAAAGCUAUAAGGAAUUUGAAGAGCAGUGGCUGGCUAAUAUAUCUCAAAACAAAGACAUGCACCUUUCAAUGGUCUAUGAUCUUUUUCAAUGUCUUGACGUUAAUGGCAGUAGUUUCAUCGAUUUAAAGGAAUGGACCUCCCACUGUGAUGCUAUGGGAGUGCCAGCUGAAUGUGCAAAGGAAUCCUUCAAUGCCAUAGAUAAAGAUAAUGAUGGGAAAAUAACACUGGACGAAUUUGUUGCUUACCAUGCCGAAUUUUUCUAUACCACCGAAAACAAGAUGAACAGUGCUAUUCUUUUCGGCCCACUAUAA